CUGUAAAUGAAGAUCAUGAGUGGAGUUGAAGAAAUGCAAAGUGAGUUGUUGCCAGUCAGCACGACAGAGACAGAGCACAUGGCCUCCAUUUCUUCUGAUGCAGACACUGGGGAAACCCCUGAGCUAGAGGAAGGCUCGGGCAACCCACCUUCUGGUGAUGAAAGCAACAAAUUAGAAUCCGAAUCUGAACUAUUACCACUGAGCUCCGACAGAGUCUUAUGUCAACCUAGUGAACACAGUAGUCAAAUUGAACAACAAAACCAUACUCCAGACUGUGGUGGUGGUGAGAAUUCUUGUGCUAAAGUAGACACAUGCUCAGAAAACUCUGAACAAGUAGAUGACUUUCCUGCUGGGGACUUUGCAAAACAGGUGGCAAAAACAGGUGACCCAGAAGCGACAGUCACACAGAUCCUGGCAGAGUUAAGGUCAGGGUCGUCUGCAUUUACAGAAGCCAGUGAUCCAAAGCCUCCUUCAGCAAGCCUCUACGAUACAGAAUGCACCAGGAAACUCAUUUCUCAGAUAAAGACUGUCUCAGCAUCAGAUGAUUUGUUGGGAGAAAUCGAGACUGAGCUCUUAUCUGCAGAGUUCACAGAGGAACACCAGGUACCAAACGGAGUGAAUAAAGGAGAGCAGGCCUUAGCCCUGUUUGAGAAGUGUAUGCAUGGCAAGUACUUGCAGCAGGAGCUCACUAUUAAAAAGUUAAUUAAAGAAAAUAAGAAUCAUCAAGAGCUCAUCUUAAAUAUUUGCUCAGAAAAGGAUAAUUUAAGAGAAGAACUGAAAAAGAGAACAGAAACAGAGAAGCAGCAUAUGAACACAAUUAAACAGCUAGAAUUAAGAAUAGAGGAACUGAAUAAAGAAGUUAAAGCUUCCCGAGAUCAGCUAGUAGCCCAGGAUGUCACAGCUAAAAAUGCAAUUCAGCAAAUCCACAAAGAGAUGACCCAGAGGAUGGACCAGGCCAACAAGAAGUGUGAAGAGGCCCGUCAGGAGAAGGAGGCGAUGGUGAUGAAGUAUGUGAGAGGUGAGAAGGAGUCUCUAGACCUUCGGAAAGACAGAGAGACCCUUGAGAGAAAACUUAGAGACGCAAAUAAGGAAUUGGAGAAAAACACUAACAAAAUUAAGCAGCUUUCUCAGGAGAAAGGGCGGCUGCAGCAACUUUAUGAAUCAAAGGAAGGUGAAGCGUCUAGACUCAUCAAAGAAACAGACAGAUUAAAGGAGGAGAUCAGCUCUUACAUCAUUAAAGUAAAGUGGGCACAGAACAAGUUAAAAGCUGAAGUGGACUCCCACAAGGAAACCAAAGAUAAACUCAAAGAAACGACUACAAAGUUAACACAGGCAAAAGAAGAAGCUGAUCAGAUCCGGCAAAACUGUCAGGAUAUGAUAAAAACGUACCAGGAAUCAGAAGAAAUCAAGUCGAAUGAACUUGAUGCAAAACUCAGAGUCACAAAAGGAGAACUUGAAAAACAAAUGCAAGAAAGAUCUGACCAGCUAGAGAUGCAUCAUGCCAAAAUAAAGGAACUAGAAGAUCUGAAGAGGACGUUUAAGGAGGGUAUGGAUGAGCUCCGGACACUGAGAACAAAGACGAAAUGUCUAGAAGAUGAGCGCUUAAGGACUGAAGAUGAAUUAUCAAAAUACAGGGAAAUUAUUAAUCGUCAGAAAGCCGAAAUUCAGAAUUUACUGGACAAAGUGAAAAUGGCAGAUCAGGUACAGGAGCAGCUUCAAAGUGGUAAACAAGAAAUUGAACAUUUGAAGGAAGAAAUGGAAAGCCUUAAUUCUUUGAUUAAUGACCUACAGAAAGACAUCGAGGGCAGCAGGAGAAGGGAGUCUGAACUCCUGCUGUUCACGGAAAAGCUCACUAGUAAGAAUGCCCAGCUGCAGUCUGAGUCCAGCUCUCUGCAGUCACAAGUGGAUAGCCUCUCCUGCAGUGAGAGCCAGCUGCAGAGCCAGUGCCAGCAGAUGACACAGACCAAUGCUAACCUGGAGAGCAGAUUACUCAGAGAGGAAGAGCUGCGGAAAGAGGAAGUCCAGAGCCUGCAGGCCGAGCUCUCCGCCACCCAGGCAGAGGUCAAAACCCUGGGCACCCAGGUGGAGGAGCUGAAAGACGAGUUAGUGACGCAGAGGCGCAAGCUGGCCGCCAACGUCAAGGACCUCAGCAAGCAGCUUCAGCAAGCGCGGAGAAAAUUAGACCAGGCUGAGAAUGGGAACUAUGACAAAGAAGUUAGCAGCAUGGGGAGCCGUUCCAGUUCAUCAGGGUCACUUAAUGCUCGCAGCAGCACUGAAGACCGAUCUCCAGAGAACACCAGCUCCGCGGUGGCUGUGGACAACUUCCCUGAAGUGGACAAGGCCAUGCUCAUUGAGAGGAUAGUGAGGCUGCAGAAGGCGCAUGCACGGAAGAAUGAGAAGAUAGAGUUCAUGGAGGAUCACAUCAAACAGCUGGUGGAGGAAAUCCGAAAGAAAACCAAAGUAAUUCAGAGUUACAUUUUACGAGAAGAGUCAGGCACACUGUCUUCAGAGGCCUCUGACUUUAACAAAGUGCAUGUGAGCAGACGCGGUGGCAUCAUGGCGUCACUGUACACGUCCCACCCUGCCGACAGCGGCUUAACACUGGAGCUCUCUUUGGAAAUCAACCGGAAAUUGCAGGCUGUUUUGGAAGAUACAUUGCUAAAAAAUAUUACUUUGAAGGAAAACCUGCAGACACUUGGAACAGAAAUAGAACGCCUUAUUAAACACCAGCAUGAACUGGAGCAGAGGAUGAAGAAAACCUAACACAAAAGUUCUUGCCCAGACAGAUGAGCCACAGAGCAGCGGGUACCACUGUCCAGUGUCCUGAAGCAGCCCUUGCUUUGUGUCAACCAAUCAAAAAUUGCUUUUACUUUCCUGUGAGAAGAGCCUUCUUGAAUGCAUUGGUGUGUGUGCGUAACUUGAAGCUCAAUGAAGCUCAUUUCUUUGUGGUGCAGGUCAGCGCCUUAUCACUGAUUCAACAUCUAAGCAUUAGUCCAAGGGUUUUAAGCUUCCCUUGGUGAUUUCAGCCUUUGAAAAGUAUACGUGAAGAGUCAGGGGUUCUCCAUCCAUCCAUCAUUAUCUCGGCAACACGAAAGGAAACCUAGAGUUUUUUGUUUUGAUCUGGAUGCAGUGAUCACCCUGUAGUUCUAGCUACUUCAAAGGCUAAGGGGGAUCUGGAGCUCAUGAGUUCAAAGCCAGCCAGGGCAACAUCUCAAAACCCCACCACAAUUAGCCUGGAUCACAGAGUAGCCCAUAGUUGUUCUAUACAUGUGAAUACUUAAUUCUGAUUGUAAUGACAUCUAGACAGGAAAGCUAGCCGUUGUAUCUAGCAAGUGACUAGGUACUAUUUUCAUCUGUUAGAGUUCCAUAUUUGUCGUAGCUACAUUUUUACUUUUGUGUUGUUAAAUUUUCUAAAUCGUCAGUUAUUUAAACAAUGUGUGUACUGCAGAUUCCCUGUGGACUUGUUACAUUUGAAAACUGUAAGAUGAAGCCAAUCAUUAGAGUAUGUACAUGAAAACUUUGGAGCUGACAUGCAUUAAUCUUAACUGACAUUGUGUAGAGGUGAACGUAACAGGCUUAAGGCAGUGAUUCUCAACCUGUGGGUGCAGACCCUUCCAUCGGGAUCACACAUCAGAUAUGUACAUCACAGUUCUUAACAGUGGCAAGUUAGAGUUAUGAAGUAAUAAUACAAAUAGUUUCAUGGUUGGGGUCACCACGACAUGAGGGACUGCAUUAAAGGGUCGAGGCAUUAGGCAGGGUGGGAAGUGCUGGGCUAAGGUGCUUAUGAAGACCCGUUCCCAAGAGAAGCAGCACUUAGCACUGUUAACUGUGUGUGUGUGUGUCCAUUUUUAACUCUGACAGUUAAUUACAUAGCAUAACGAAACAUUGUUUCCCCAAAUGUGUUUCAGUAUAUUAUUUCAAACACAGUUAUAUAUCGUGAUAGCCAAAGGGACUCUGAGCCAGAUCAUUGUUCCUGUUAGAUAAUUGCAGUGUUUAAGAUGCAUACUUAGAUGUUGCCAUCUUAGUACCAGCCCUUUUGUCAUUGGGUUUUGUUCUCACUAAACACUGCAUUAAGUUCAGACCACCUGUCCUGGGAGACCAUGGAGCAUAUUUGUGAAGCCUCUGUUUUGUGUUUGGGUAUUUCUUCCUCUUAGGGAAACUGAGCUUUGGGGGUAGAUACCUUUAAAGAAUGGUAUGGGCACUAGCUGGGCAUAGUAAUACAUGCCACAAUCCCAGCACUCAGGAAGUAUAAGAAGAUUAAAGGCCAGCCUCAGGUACAAAAUGAGUUGGAAGCUAGCCUGGGCUACAUGAAGCUCCGUUUUAUAAAUAGAGUUGUGUGGCUCUAAACAUUUGAAUCAUGUUAAUUCCCUUUUAAUGUGUUUUAAUAGUUCCUUAAAUCAACAUUGAUUAUAAAUGUAAUUUACUAAAUACUAGAUGUCAGCCAGCAUAGUGUCUUUUUGUUAUCCAAAAAAUAUGUCUUAGCUUCAGAGUUAUUCAAGUUAUUUUUAAAUAAGUUGUAAAAAGUGUUAGUCAUAAUAAUGUCUUGUUCUUUUUAUUAUUAAUAAUUUAUUAGAAUAAAAAAUAAGAGGGUAAGUGCAAUAAAUUCUGAAUUAUUUUCCCAUUUAUUCCUAAACAUACUGUGUAACACUCCAAAGAUUUGCAUAGCUACCUUUCCUGGUCCCUCAGGUGAUACUGAUUGAUGAGUUACAGGGAUUGGGUUUUUUUUAAUUCCAAGACACAAACAUGCAUAAUGGAGACCAAAUAGUAAUCUUGUUCACAGUGUCCUGUGCCAUGCACUUUAAAGUAUAUACACAAUGUACUUGGAGAGCUAAGUAAUGAAGUAUUAAAAAAUGGCAUUGCUGCAAGCCACACUUUGAUCAUCCUACCAUCUUUUUCCCUAUCUAUGAGGCUUAAAAAGCUAGAAAAGUAUUUUCUUUUUUAUUUGGCAUCUCCUGUGCCCUUGCAUACGCGGUCAGGACUGAGCAAAGUAAUGUAUAAAAAUGUGUGUGUUGGAGAGAACCUUCUCCACUGAUUGAAUAUUGGAGGAAAGAACCUAAGAACCCAGUGGGGAUUUGUUAUAUUUGCUCAUUGUUAGUUACAAAUGUAAGGGACUGUUUUGGUUAUUUAAUAAUACUUUGGUAUCCUUGGGCAAGAAGUGUGGUGUGUGUUGGGUGCUUGUCACUUCUUUUUCCCGUACCACUUGAGAUUUGGAGUCUGUUUAAACAGUCUGAAGGAUUGAAUGAACAUGGUGAGUUUGGACAGAAUGAACAGUUGUUGCUCUGGUUUUGUUCUGCAUAACCAUUUGGAGUGACCUAAUAGACACCUUGGCAGGCACCCUACAGCUCUCUACUGCUGGGCUGAGAAGGGUUAAUGGACUUGCUCAGGUCCAUGGCCUGGAAGUGCCGCCUGACCUGGCACCCUGGCUGGGGAGCAUUACCAGCACGUGCUGUUUCUAUGGUGCUCCUGCAUCUCUCCUAACUUCGGAGGGAGCCGAAGACCUUUACCGUUCAGGAAAUGCCUGACCGAUGCGUGCUUGAUGUCCUGAAAUGAGUCUGAUCAUGUCGUACAUCGUCCCAAAUUCUCUUUUACAGGAUGUUGAUUAUUUUCUAAAUAUUUUUAUAAGAAAAUUUAGGCUAAAUCCGAAAGAAAAAAAGCCUCAGAAACUGUUAAUAGUGUAAAUGUGAUAUAUGUUGGCUUGUAAGGACGUUUCUUAGAAUAAUGUCAUUCAUGCCUGGGGCCGUUGACUCUACUAAUCUCAAGAUUUGUUUUCAGUGAGCUGUUUGUUUUCACACUCAUGCUGUUAAUGUUUACCCUACAUGGUGGCACUAGUGACCUGGGAAAUGUCAAAGGUGAACAAGAGAAAUAAGUGAAAAGUAAACUAAAUGAGAACUUAGUUGUGUAUUGAGAAGUACGUUUCUUCUUGAAUGGACUCUUGAACCACACACAGCUGUCCUUCCUGACCUCUGCCAUCCUCCCUCCCCGAGUGCGUGGGCAUCAAUCAGCAUUGUAUAGAUACCCUGGAUUACACUGUGCAUUCUGUAAAUACCCUGUAUAAAGCGAUGCUCUUCUGGGGA